GGAUUGCAGCUCAGGCCCAGAUGAUGGAGGGGGAAUAGAGGGGAGGGGUGGUUAAGGUAAGGUAGGCACUCGUGAGGUCUAUAUAAGCUCUCACUGCUCCCGCCCCGAGGACCUUGAUGUCUAUAUCACACACCAUUUGAACCUCAACCUCACCAUCUCAUUGGCUACUCUUGCACCGUCACGCAAUUCGUGAUUAGAAAACAACAACAUACCUUACCAAUUCAAUCCAAACUCAAUAUGACGACCUACAACGGAAAGUGCCAUUGCGGUAACACGGAGUGGACGGCCACCCUCGAGAAGGAACAGCAGUCCCACGUCCUCUGCCACUGCGACACCUGCAAGUCCCUCUCCGGCGGCACCUACACCCUCAACCAGAUCAUCCCCAAGUCCGCCCUCACCAUCACAAAGGGCGGCGACAAUCUCGGCAAAUACGUCUACUACGGCGACUCGGGAAGCCCCGUCGACUGCUUCUACUGCAAGAACUGCACAACCCACGUCUACCACCACCAGCACGUCCUUGGCGAAGACACCAUCAUCCUCCGCACCGGCCUCCUCGCACAGGGCCUCAAGGACUUCCAGCCCGCCGCCGAGAUCUUCGGAAAGGUGAGGCUCGGCUGGGAGAAGGAGGUCGCUACUACCUUCGAGACUCUUCCUCCUUCGUAGGUUUUUGACCGUGGGGAAUGUCUGGGAUGAGGUUAGGUUAAAAUAGAAAGAUUUGUGAUGGGAGAACAA